UUAUAGAAACCUCACUUAUGCCAUUUUCUUGAGCUUAUACUUGUAAGUAGCAAUUUUAGCUUUUCUCACAGCAUAGAAAUGGAGAAUGAUAAAGUGAUUCUAUUGGAUUUCUGGGCUAGCAUGCUCGGUUUGAGGCUCAGGGUAGCACUAGCUGAGAAGGAGAUCGAAUACGAGUACAAGGAAGAAGAUUCUGCUAGCAAUAUCAAAAGUCCUCUGCUACUCAAGAUGAAUCCUAUCCACAAGAAGGUCCCGGUUUUGAUUCACAAUGGGAAGCCUGUUUGUGAAUCUUUCAUUGCACUCGAGUACAUCGAUGAGGUCUGGAAGGACAAAGCUCCGUUGUUGCCCACUGAUCCUUAUGAGAGAGCACAAGCUAGAUUUUGGGCCGACUACAUUGACAAGUUGUAUGAAAAUUUCGGGCGAAAAAUAUGGUCAACAAAAGGAGAAGUGCAGGAGGGAGCUAAGAAGGGCUUGAUAGAUUCACUCAAGUUACUGGAACAAGCUGCAUUGGGAGACAAGCUUUACUUUGGAGGGGAAAGCUUUGGUUUUGCGGAUAUUGCUUUGAUCGGGAUUUACAGCUGGUUUUAUGCCUUGGAGAUCUUUGGCAACUUUAGCAUAGAGGCUGAGUGCCCAAAGCUUGAUGCUUGGGACAAGAGAUGCAAGCUAAGGGAGAGUGUUUCUAAGUCUCUACCCGACCCUCAUAAGAUUUAUGAGUUAUUACUGGAGCUUAAAAAGACUUAUGGACUAGAAUAGACAUAUUCUUGUGCUUCAUAAUCCAUGAAAGGACUUAGUUCUGCCUCGCCGCAUGGAUCAUUUUUUCUAGGAAUAAAGACAAUUACCAAGAGCUGGCUUGUGGAGUCUCAGUAUUGUCUAUGUCUUUUCCUGAUACACAAGAAAAUGGAGCUUUCUUGUUUCUGUACUAAAGUGAUGACCUGUGUGUUGGCGACUUAUUAAAAUCUUUCGCGAAAUACAG